AUGUCACGUGGACGCGCCCGUGGUCGUGGUGCCCGUGAACGAGGCACCCGAGGUACUCAUCCUACUCGAGCACAUCCUACUCCUGUUGUUGAGGAUCCGAUUCCAAAGGUCCCGAUCCAGCUUGUUCCUCCAGUUGCUCUGGUUCCCCCACCUAUUCCUCCGCCUCAGCCUGCUGCUCUGGUUACAGAGGCUCCAGUUGUUCUGGUUCCCCCACCUAUUCCCCCUCCUCAGCCUGCUGUUCCAAUUAUUGGGGCUCCUACUCAGCCGGCCGCAGCCGUGCCUCCGCCCGAGGCGAUUGACACCCCUACCUUUCUGACAGUACCUAUAGGAGUGGAGCAUUUUCAGCAGUUGAUACAGCUUGUUGCCACUGCAUUGCAGGCCGGUCAGCAUGCUACUGCCCAGGUUUCUGAGCAGUCUGAUUUACCACGUGCUAGUGCGAUAGCUUGA